UUAAUCAGAGCUCUUCGUAAAGCAUGUAAUGGCUUGUUUAUGAGAAUUAAUCUGUUGUUGAAUUAAAUGAUUUAUUAGAUAAUUAAUUACUAGAUUUGUCAUACAGUAUUCAUUCAGGUUUUUCCUGUUUUGGGAUUUUCCAAAAGAUUUUCCAUGGUGAAGAAAAAAAGCCGUCUAGGUCCGCACAAAGACGUGUUUGAGGACUUGAGAAUUGGGAAGCAGCAGUUGCUGGAGAGGUUUCUAACCCCUGUGCAUGAUCAUCCCAAGAGCAAGCGCGUGCCUGCGGAGAUGGCCCAACCACACCAGCACCACCACCACCAUGGCCAGCACCAUCACCACUCUCACCACCGCCACCAUCCACACCACCACCAGCAAGAGCAUCACCACACACACCACCACAGAGAUUCACACUGGGAGGACAACCAGGAGAGUCAGCCCCAUGUGAAAUCAGAAGGCGACAGCAUUCACCACCAUCAUGGCCACCACAGCCAUGAACACCACCAUGAUAAACCCCAUCAUGGAUCCUCCGACAAGCCCCUUUACCGUCAUCACCAUCAUCACAAACAGCAUCAUCGCAGUCAAGAGGUCGCCUCCCAUCCUAAAGCUUCAGUCACCUCCUCCAACUCUUCUCUCAGCUCAUCAAGCUCAUCUGACUCUUCCAGCUCUUCAGAUUCCUCCGAUUCAUCUUCAUCCUCCUCCUCAUCCUCCUCCACAAAUUCCAGUUCCAGCUCCUCCUCCUCAGGUUCUUCUUCCUCCUCCUCUUCCUCCUCUUCUUCAUCAUCCACCUCUUCAUCAUCCUCUUCCUCCUCUUCAUCAUCCUCACCUUCCAGCUGGUCCUCGGAGAGCAGUCUGAACAACGCAAAACUUCCAAAGAAGAAGAAGAAGAAACAGGGACGAGGACCCCAACACUCACUCUCCUUGACAGACAUCACCAGGGGUAAGAGAGGCUUUGAUGAAGAUGAUGCUGAAGAUUCACUGCCUUUACUGGAUGACGGGAAUGAACACAGGAGGCACAAGAGAAAGUCCUCACGCCAUGCCCUGGCGAAAAGCAACUUGAAAAAAAACGACAAAGGAAAUAUGCGAAAGGCUAAAUCAAUGGAAGUUCUGUCCCGUAAGCGCGAUAAACGAGAGGAGGACGACGAGGCCCAUUAUGAUGAGCAUGCGACUCGGAAGAGGAAGGACCAAACCAAGAAGGACCUUUUGAAGGAGAAAAGCAAGUUCUCUGCUUUCCUGAAUGAGAUCACCAGGCAGGUGUUGAGUCCCUCUCGGUUAACUUCUCUUGGAGUUCCCAACGCCCACAGGUCGCCUAGUCCCGGCCGGACCUCCAAGUCACCCAGGUCAGAAUCCAAACCAGGAAGUAGGCCAAGUAGUCGUCCAGUUAGUCGCCCAGAAAGUGUCAGUUCUUUGACAUCCAGUGCUCCCACUCAUACGAGCAAGCACUCACGCUCUAGCAAACACCCUCGUUCCCGUAAACAUUCUCACUCCAGCAAGCAUUCUCAUUCCAGCAAGCACCACUCAAAGCCACACCACCACAAGCACCAUCAACACAGCCUGAAAGGUCAUCGUCAACAUCGACAUCACAGUCCAAGCAGCCAAACUGAUGCAAGCACUAGUCCCUCGCGCAGUCGUGCCUCCAGCGUGAAGCAUGGUCGCAAGGGACACAAACAUUAUCAUGGAGGCGACUCGUCAGAUGGAUCGAGCUCUGGAUCAGAAACGACUUCUCACCCACCGAAACACCACCACUCCCGCUCCUCAACGCCCCACAGCCGCCAUCCGUCCCGCCACCCUUCCCCAUCUCCAUCUCGUCACCAUCACCACCAUGGACACCAUUCCCCUUCCUCCUCCCAUCACCAUCACCAUCACCAUCACCAGCACGGCCAUAAGGGCCACCACAGCCCAGGUCAACACCACCACCAUCACUCUGAGCACCACUCUCGCCACGGCUCCCAUCACCACUCUCACUCUCACCAUCACUCGCCCCAUUCUCACCACUCCUCCUCUCAUUCCCACACAGUGUCUUACUCUUCCUCUCAUCCUGAUCUGGAAUCUGCCCUGCACGACCAUCACAAGGCGCACCAUCAUAAGUCACACCACAAGCACCCGCACCACUCUGAGGGGCAUCAACACCACCAUCAUCACACAGAGUCUGACCAACACCACGUGGAGACUGAAGACGACCACUCCCAUUCAGGUAACCACCCCCACCACCACACCCAUUCAGAUGAUCACCAUCACCACCACGAGCAUCACCACGGACAUGAACACCCUCACUCCCCCUCAGGUGAUCAUCACCACCAUGAGCAUCACCAUGGAUCUGAACACCAUGGCUCCCACUCAGGUGAUCUUGACCAUACAGAAUCUGAACACCCUCACUCCCCCUCAGGUGAUCACCAUCAUCACCACCAUGAGCAUCACCAUGGAUCUGAACACCAUGGCUCCCACUCAGGUGAUCUUGACCAUACAGAAUCUGAACACCACCACUCCCAUUCAGGUGAUCACCAUCAUCACCACCACCAUCACCCAGAAUCUGAACAUCACCACACCCAUCACCAUGGAUCUGAACACCAUGGCUCCCACUCAGGUGAUCACCAUGGUCACCACCACCAUCCCUCCCAUUCAGGUGACCACCAUCUUCACCACCAUCACCCUGGAUCUGAACACCAUCACUCCCAUUCAGGUGAUCACCAUGGUCACCAUGAGCAUCACCAUGGAUCUGAACACCAUGGCUCCCACUCAGGUGAUCUUGACCAUACAGAAUCUGAGCAUCACUCCCAUUCAGGUGAUCACCAUCAUCACCACCACCACCACCCAGAAUCUGAGCAUCACUCCCAUUCAGGUGAUCACCAUCAUCACCACCACCAUGGAUCUGAACACCACCAUUCUCACUCCAGUGGUCUUGAUCAUACAGAGUCUGAACACCAUUCAGGUGACCAUCACCACCACCACCAUCACCCAGAUUCAGGGCAUCACUCCCAUUCAGGUGAUCAUCACCACCAUGACCAUCACCAUGGAUCUGAACACCAUCACUCCCGAUCAAGUGAUCUCGAUAAAACAGAAUCUGAACACCCUCACUCCCCCUCAGGUGAUCAUCAUGGUCAUCACCACCAUCCCUCCCCCUCAGAUGAUCACCAUCACCACCACGAGCAUCACCACGGACAUGAACACCCUCACUCCCCCUCAGGUGAUCAUCACCACCAUGAGCAUCACCAUGGAUCUGAACACCAUGGCUCCCACUCAGGUGAUCUUGACCAUACAGAAUCUGAACACCAUCACUCCCAUUCAAGUGAUCACCAUCAUCACCACCACCAUCACCCAGAAUCUGAACAUCACCACACCCAUCACCAUGGAUCUGAACACCAUGGCUCCCACUCAGGUGAUCACCAUGGUCACCACCACCAUCCCUCCCAUUCAGGUGACCACCAUCUUCACCACCAUCACCAUGGAUCUGAACACCAUCACUCCCAUUCAGGUGAUCACCAUGGUCAACAUGAGCAUCACCAUGGAUCUGAACACCAUCAUUCUCACUCCAGUGGUCUCGAUUAUACAGAAUCUGAGCAUCACUCCCAUUCAGGUGACCACCAUCAUCACCACCAUCACCAUGGAUCUGAACACCAUCACUCUCACUCAAGUGAUCUUGAUCAUACAGAAUCUGAGCAUCACUCCCAUUCAGGUGACCACCAUCUUCACCACCAUCACCCUGGAUCUGAACACCAUCACUCCCAUUCAGGUGAUCACCAUGGUCACCAUGAGCAUCACCAUGGACAUGAACACCACCACUCCCAUUCCGGUGAUCACCACCAUCACCACCAUCCACAUCCUGACUCUGAACAUCACCACGGAUCUGACCACCAUCAUCACCACGGAUCUGACCACCAUCACUCCCACUCAGGUGACCACCAUCACCAUCAUCACAAUCCUGACUCUGAACACCACCACCACCACCACCAUCACCACCAAGAUUCUGAAUCUCAUCCUGAAUCUCAUCACCAUCACCAUUCCCACACAGAUUCACUCUACCAUCACCACCAUGAAGGGGACCAUCAUAGCCCACACAGACACUCACCAAAACACCACUCCCCAAGCCAUAGGGCAUCAUCACCAGGUGCAGAGUUGGAAUCACACUCCAGUAAAUCCAGCUCCUCUAGAAAUACGGCUAGUCCUACGAGCCAAGAUGAUCAGCCAACACCUACUUAUGUGGGUCCCCCACCUGCCUACAGAGACAGUGGAUCAGAAGUGGAAAAAAUAAGAGCUCUGCAAGAGCAGAAUGAGGAUCUCCAACACACCUUACUUCAGACCACAGUUCGCAUGGAGUGCAUGGGGGCCGAGUUCAAAACCAGCCACCAGGUUCUGGAGAGUGAGCUCCAGAGGACUCGAAUAGAGCUCAGCAGCCUCAUGGACAGGUUCAAGAGUCUGCACUCCAGCUACUCCUACUCGCAGGACAAUAAUCACCUUCUGGAGAAGCAGCUUCAUUGUGUGGCUGGAAAUGUAGAUGUGGAACGUGAUCAGAUGAACCAGCGCAUCACAGAGCUGACAGAGCAGCUGGCUGUUGCUAAGACGACCAUUCACAGCCUGGAGGCUAUUAACGUAACACCCAUGUUGCAGGGAGCCAUGGAAAAACAAUUACAAUCAGAUGAAGCAGCAAAUCAGAUCAUGCCCCCAGCCGCACCCCCUCCCGUCCAAUUCAUGGACCACAGCCGUUAUGACAAGGCUGGAGACGACCAGCCCCUGGGACCUGUUCCAGAGGAAGAGGAAUCUGAUUGGUCAGAGAUGGGAGACGAAGAGCGCCACUGCGUGCCGAUUGGCCACCGCGAGGGCACGGCCAUCUUGACCUGGAUCAGCAGCCAUCCGGGCCGGUGGAUGGAGGGCGACACGGAGAGCGAGUCGGGUGGCGAGGAAACGGUUCGCCAGUACCCGCCUCGCCCGCUGCAGAUCCCCCACCUCCAGUUCACCGUCCACCCGGAGACCCUGCCCAUCCCCAUGGACGACGUCAGCCCCACCUCCUUCCAGACGUCUCAUGGCGACCCCGAAGACAACGACCAUCACUCCCCGCCGUCCCGCAAGUUCGGCUCGCCCAUACGCAUCCUCUCGGCCAGCAUGGAGAAGAUCAGCGACGCGGGGCUUACGCUGCACGAGCUCCAGGGGCACAUGAAGGGCAGUGAGGCAGUCAUGGACCUCCACGGAGGCGCCGCGGAGUAUGUCGAGGAGGAGGCCAAGAUCGUCCUCAGUUGGAGGGACGGCCACAGGCAUGGCAUGGUUGGAGGUGGAGGUGGAGGAGCAGGAGGAGGGGGAGUUGGUGCAGCCAGACAAAGCACCCUCCAGGAGGCUGAGCGGUUGCUCCACCAUUACAUCAGCCAGACACCGUCAGGGGUGGCAGAGGAAGUACUAAACGGGGAGCGGACCAAACUGUGAGCUGGGGUACAGCCUGAUUGUUUUCGACUGAAGGGAUAUGUGAGUUAUGAACACAUCCAAAAGUCUGAUCCAUUUGAACAGAAAAUGCACACUGGCUUCAAAGGGGAAAUAAUGCUGUACAAAAUCCAGUCAGUUUCACCAUUUGAAGCAGCUUAAGCAGGUAAAAUCCACAUUUUCAGCCCAGUCCACCAUGGAGGGCUUGAGAGACUGCCACUUUAGUUUGCAGAUAUGUAGAGCAUAAUGAUUAGGCCUCUCUCUUCAUAAUCAAAGAUGCAUCCUUGCAGUCGUUCUCGGCUCUGCACUGAGGAGCAGCUUUGAAGUCCUCCAGAGACAACAUCAAACAGAAGCGCAUCACUUUGAUUCAAUCGAUCGCCCUUGGAUACACAGUCCUACUUCGGCCGCUCAUGUCAUUUGGGUGGAGAUCUUACAGUGAAGUCUCUCACAGUUUGCCCCCGCAGAGAACAAUGUAAGCCAAGAUACUGUAAUGAAGAGCUCUCUCUCUCUCUCUCAGUGGAUAUACAGUGGAGAUAAAAGUUUAAAAAAAGUCAUCAAAUGUACAUGUUGUGUACGUAGUUGUAACUUUAGCUUCUUGAAGAUCUGAUUCCCACUCAAAUAUAAAUGUGAAUAGCAUAGUUUCAGUAAAAAAUGUAUGUAGUGAAUACUAAAGUAUUCAGAUCAAGAUAUGUUUAAUGUACAAGAGCUGAGCAGUACAUUAACAGUCUUUUAUGACUUUGAAGAUUGUGAAAUAGUUCAUAAAGCCCUUAUUCUUUAUAUACCCCCCUGGCUACAGCAAUUGUGAACUUAGUUGUAACUACUAUACAGAGGUGUGUACAGUUGGGGGUUAGAGAGUUUCAUCUUCUUUUAUCAAAGAAAAUUUGAGAAUUGAUUGAUGUGAUUGAUAUUGAUUCACAUGAGUAUGUGAUACACUUAAUCUCAGAGAGUAAGUUUGCGCUUGUAAAUGGCUGUACAUGUUCUUAUAUUUAAUUUGUGUUUUGAGUAGAACAUGUAUACAUGUACUAUUAAAAGCUUAUAACCACACAAUCCAUUAACAUUAUAGUGAUCUACGUAGCAACAUAUUUACAUACACACUCACAAAUACCACGUAAUGCUUGAAUAAUGUAUUAUUAAAAGUGAACUCCAAAUAUACAAUGGGUUCUAUAUAUGGAUUUAUGUGAUUUAGGGAAUGAAUGUAAUUUAGAAAUGUGUGAAAAUUAGUGGCUAUAACUUCAAUGUGUAACUCUGCUGUUCUCAUUUUAAAAGAAUUAGAAAAAUUAGAAAAUAUGGAAAUAUCUUUCUAAAGAGUCCACUUUGCUUCACUUUAGAGCCACCUUAGCAAUAGAGGUAAACUAUAUAUUGUGUGCUUUCAGUCAGUCUGAAGAGGGCUGUUUUAAACACUGGGUUCUUGAUAAAACGAGAACCUUGUGUUCCCAAACCGAGUGCUGCUGCUGUUUAUGUUAUAAGGCAUAACACUGUGCAAUGACAUCAUUUCCUGCUUCUUUCUUUCUUUGUUCUUUUCUUUUCCUCACUUCCCUUCUAUUCCCUGACCAUCCAUCUUCAGUAGCCAUAUGUGGACAUGUUCAUGGACAUGUGUUGAAAAGUAUAAAGAAAUAUAACCAUUGUCUUCUUCACAAAACUGUGAAAAGGUUUGAAGGGAGAUCCACUGCUCUUUAAUGAUCCUGUGCUCAUUUUGUGCUUAUAUGUAAUUAGUUUUCCCAGAUACCUGCCUGUAUAAUAAAAUAUUAACUAUUGUGUGUCAUUGCUGCAUAUUAAGUGUAAGCAUCAAUAAACAAGAUGAAAUAU